CAUCAACAUCGAGCGCGUCGAGGGCGACACGGACAUGUACGUGGGCGAGCCGUACCAGGACGUGAGUCGCGAGGCGGCGCUGCUGGUCAACCACGCCGACGACGACACGCUGCAGCUGAACGGCGUGGUGUCCGAUCUGGUGAUCGCGCCGGCACCGAGGCGCGUGUACCACCACUACCCGUCGUCCCAUGACGACGACGCGCUGCUGGCUGACGACCAGGAACCGCUGGACGGGUCCGAGAGCCACGACAGCACGGCCCGGCUGCGCCAGCGCCGCUCGACACCGCCGGUCACACGAGGGCUGCACGUCAUCUACAAGCGCGCCGCCUCGCCGUCGUCGGCCACCGGCUCGGCUCCCAUCGACCACGAAGACUCGCUGCUGGUAGAGAAGGAGCCGGCAGCCAGUGACACCUCUCCUGGCUCCAGAAAGUCUCACCGGUUAAAGCGUGACACAAAUGACCUGUACCCCGAAAUCCUGAUCAUUGUUGAUUACGAGACCUACACAGCCCACAACUUUGAAGCAAAAGCCGUCAAACGGUAUUUAAUGAGCUUCAUGAACGCAGUUGACCUUCGCUAUAAAUCAGUAAACCAGCCUUCUAUCACUGUUAAGGUGGCUGGCAUUGUUAUCAGCAAAAGUAAGGAGGCAACUCCUUACCUGGAGAAAAACAUGAUAGGCGGGAAGGCUCUGAACGCCAUCGAUGCCCUGGCAUCCAUUGGUCGCUAUCUCUACAAAGAGAAGCGGCUGCCCAGUUACGACGUUGCCAUGGUGAUAACGAAGCGCGACAUGUGCACCCGUAACGGCGCAUGGGGUUCCUGUAACAAAAUAACCGCUGGGUACGCGUACGUUGGAGGAGGAUGCAGCGUCAGCAGGUACUUCCGCAAGAUCAACUCUGUGGCUCUGGUCGAGGACUCUAGUGGCUUCUCCGGCAUCAUCGUCGCCGCACAUGAGCUUGGACAUCUUCUUGGAGCCGUGCACGAUGGCUCGCCGCCGGCAGCGUACCUGGGCGGGCCAGGGGCCAGCUCCUGUCCCUGGAAGGACGGCUACAUCAUGUCGGACCUGCGGCGGGACCAAAGGGGUCUCCAGUGGUCCGUCUGCAGUCUUAACCAGUUUACCCACUUCGCCAGUGAUGAGCGAUCACGCUGCAUGCACAACUAUCCGUCAGAGCGAGCGGAUUUACCGGCAGACAGGCCUCUGCCCGGCAAGCUGAUGACCGUGGACGCGCAGUGCAAGCGGGACCGCGGCUCGAGCGCCUGCUUCAAGGACCAGCGCGUGUGCGCCGAGCUGUACUGCUUCGAGCCGUCCAGCGGCUACUGCGUGUCGUACCGGCCGGCGGCAGAGGGCUCCGCCUGCGGCCGCGGCCUGCACUGUAUCAACGGCCAGUGCGUGGCCGACAGCUUCUACUACUAGCUGUCGCUGCUGCUGCUGCUGCUGCUGCGGUUGUUACGUGCAGGCUGGCCCGCGGGCGGGUGCAGCAACCUCUCAGGUACCUGGUACAUUGCUUGUUGGUGCGGUGCGGUCGCCGCUGGCGGUACACACUGGUUCCAUGUCGCCCCACCGGUCGGUCGGUCGGACGUCGGUACUCGCUGGUCGGCACCGAUGGCGCUCACAGUCACACCUCGCUCAUCCUGCGAUCACUUGUUAGUUGUUGCAUCUCAUCGACGACGCUUCAUCCAUGCUUAUUACGUUCUGGGCACAGCUGGUCUGUAUUCACUUGAUGAUACUCUUUCUUUUAUCUUGUGUGUUGAUAACAUGACAUUUAUAUUGAUAUGUAAUGUAAUAUAUGCAAGGAUUGGAUGAAUAAAGGUACAAAUGGUG